AAAAUGUUAACCCGAAUGAUGAGGAAACAACUAUAAGAUUGCCAGCUACUUCAAAUCAACUGCAAGAAGAUUUACAAUCUGAACAAUAUGCUUAUCAACAAAAUCGCACAUCUUCUGUAGAGCCAACUUAUAUCGAAGAUCAGCGAAUUCAAAAUCGAACUACAUCUUCUCUUGUAGCAGCUAAAUAUCAACAUAAAGUGCUAUCGCAAAUAAAUAUGAGAUCUAGUGUUUCAAGAGUUCAAUCAAAUGGGCCUGAAACUGAUUCUUUUCCUCAAUGCCUUAGCGGUUCUGAUGAACGUCUGUCUGAUUAUGAAGAUGAACUUUCAGAAGAUGAAUCAUCAGAGGAUGAAAUUUUUUACUCACUUAACCGGUACAAUUCGACCUCUUCGAAUGUUCAAAAUACUAAUCCUUACACAACAAUUCAACAGAAUAGAGAUUAUACAAUUUCAGCUCAAAACAAUGAAAUUUCUUUUCAAGAUGAAGUACACCUUCUUCGAUGGUUAGAAACACGCAAAGAUAUUGUUUUACAGGCAUUGCAUGCAAUUUGUUCGUCAUCACCUGUUAUGUCAAACCAG